AUGCCGUCCUCCACGCUCAAAAGUCUCUCCCUCCUCUUGGCCUGCCAGCUUGCCGGCGUACUCUCAAGUCCUGUGCCCGAGAAUGGGACAGGCCAGUCGCCCAACAAGAGCUUUAUCCCUCGCGCCGACGCAACGUUUGCCAAUCCUGUUCUCUGGGAGGACUACCCGGACCUCGACGUGUUCCGCUCCUAUGACCUCGUCAACUGGGAGCCCGUCACUCACAGCGUCCCCACCCUCACCUUUGGUUCCCAGUACGACCUCGUAAACAGCAGGGCCUAUGUAGGUGGUAUAUGGGCCAGCUCGCUCCGCUACAGAGAAUCCAACGACAUGUUUUACUGGAUGGGUUGCGUCUCGGGCGGCAAGACGUCUGUGUGGACCGCCCCAGGCCACAAGGCGGCGACCAACGGUGGUGAGGUGUCGGAGUGGGAGUGGACGGAGAGAACACCCAUCAACAGGUGCUACUACGACAACGGCAUCUUCAUCGACAACGAUGACAGCAUCGAAGUCAAGACUCAAGAGGUCUACGUCGGCUCCGAGUACAUUGAGGGAGCAAGAAUGUACAGGCGCAGAGAGUACUACUACAUCCUCGUCACGCGUCCCGCCAACGCAGAAUUUGUCCUGAGGUCCCGCAGCGUGUUUGGCCCCUAUGAGCAACGCACCUUGCUCGACAACAUCAAGGGCCCCUCGCCAACGCGGGUGUCUCCCACCAGGGAGGCAUCGUCGAUACCGCGGCCGGCGACUGGUACUAUGUCGCCUUCAUGGACGCCUACCCAGGGGCCGCAUCCCCGUCGUGGCACCGAUUACCUGGACCUCGGACGGGUGGCCGGAGCUGGUGACCGUCAACGGCGCGUGGGGCACUUCAUAUCCGGUCCCGUACAGACAGACAAGACGGUUAAGCCGCCGACAGGGUUGGAUACCUUUUCAGGCCCGAAUCUGAGCCACGAGUGGGAGUGGAACCAUAACCCCGACAACGCCAAGUGGGCCCUGAAAAGCUCGGGCCUAGUUCUCGGCACCGCCACCGUGACCGAGGACCUCUUCGCUGCCCGGAACACCCUCACUCACCGUAUUCUCGGGCCCAAGUCGAUCGGUACCUUUUAUCUCGACAUCAGCGGCAUGCGCGACGGCGACCGUGCGGGGCCAGCCUCUUCCGCGACCGCGCCGCCUACAUCGGGCCUCAACCUAUCGGAGGACGGGUGGGCCACGACUUCCGCGGGUAAGGUGGCGGCCACCGGCCCCACCGUCGAGGGAUCAGAGGUGUGGCUCCGCCACGGAUGGAAAAACGUGGACGAAUUUGGGGCCGGCGUUUGCGAUGACGAGUUCGUGGAGGUAUUUUACGGGCUAUCGGUUUGCCGUGUUUAA